CCUCUCUGCGCAGCCAUGGGAACAAGGGCGCCUCGCCCGAUGCCUCACCGCGUGUUUUGCUCAGCUGAUCGCAUUAACCCAGCAGCGACCGAGCGGGCCGGUAGUUGUCACGGAGCCAUCGAGGGUGUGCGCGGUGGCUCUAAAAACAGCCUUGGGGAAGCGGCGUGGCUUUCGUCGAAAGGACGGCACACGGAAAUGGCUCAAGCUUGCAAGCAAGCGAAGACGCUGCGGGCAGCUUUCGAAGCGAGACAACUCUUAUGCCGCCUCAUUCACAAGCGAGCCGCGGAUUACAAGAAUGCGUUCGCCGGCGGUCAAAGGCGAUCGCUCGCUGGCGUCAGCUACCACCACAACCCGGGCAAGCAGCCGUUGCUUCCUCUUACGAUCGGCGAUGUAGUCGACCGGGCGGCGGACCAGCACGGAGACAAUGUGGCCAUCGUGUCGUGUCACCAGUCCAUCAGGAAGACCUACUCGGAGUACAAGACAGACAUUGACCGACUAGCCGCAGCCCUCGUGUCUCUUAGGCUCCGCGUCGGCUCCAAGAUCGCCAUUAUUGCACCCAACAUGUACGAAUGGGCAGUCGUGCAAUUCGCCACUGCUAAGGCCGGCUUGGUCCUGGUGAACAUUAACACUGCCUACCAGGUUCCUGAGCUCGAAUACGCCCUGCAUAAGACAGGUUGCGAGGCCGUAAUUUUUUCCGCACAAUUCGCAAGGCAAGAUUACUACAAGAUGCUUCUACAAAUAGCCCCUGAGCUGGAAUCUUCGACGCCUGGAGAUCUGAAAAGCUCAAAAUUGCCCGAUCUUAAGCACGUCAUCUGCAUUAGCGACGAAAGGAAAGCGGGUACAGUGACGUACGCUGACCUCAUGGAGUCCGUAACCAAUCAACACCUCAAGGACAUGCACGCAGUCGCAUCUGGACUGCAGUUCGACGAUCCCAUUAACCUUCAAUUCACAUCUGGCACGACGGGUAAGCCUAAGGCGGCGCAGUUGUCUCACUUCAAUGUCGUUAACAACGGCUACUUGACGGGCGAGGUAUUGGAGUUGGACAAUCAGAUUAUCUGCUUGAACGUGCCCCUCAUUCACUGUUUCGGAUGCGUCGGUGGAACUAUGGCGGCGACGCAUUUUGGGGCCACCAUCGCGCUUCCAGCUCCAGGAUUCAAGGCGGAAGCAGCACUGAAUUGCAUCCAAAAUGAGAAGUGCACUCAUAUCUACGGAACACCCACCAUGCAUAUAGACAUUUUACACCAUUUGCAAAAUGGCCAGUAUGACGUCUCGUCCGUGAAGAGAGCUGUCAUGGCCGGAUCACCAUGCCCACCGGAGGUUAUUAAGAGGGUGAUGACCGAACUCAACGCUCAGCGAUUCUUCAUUCUGUACGGCACCACUGAGACGAGCCCUGUGAUUACGGCAACGACCCCAGAUGAUCCGCUGGAUAAAUGGAUACAUUCCGUUGGCAAGGCUGUGCAACAUACUGAGGUGAAAAUUGUCGACAAAGAAAAUAAGAUCGUGCCUACAGGCCAGAGAGGUGAGCUUUGCGCUCGAGGCUACUUGGUCUUCAUGGGUUACUUCGACGACGAAGAAAACACUCGCAAAGCUGUCCGCAACGGCUGGUACCACACUGGGGAUGAAGCCGUGAUGGCUGAAGAUGGUAGAAUAUCCAUAAUGGGUCGCAUAAAGGAUAUGAUAAUCCGCGGAGGCGAGAACCUCUACCCUCAGGAGAUUGAAGACUUCCUCUACACGCAUCCAGCGAUCCAAGAAGUACAAGUCGUUGGAGUUCCUGACAAAAGAAUGGGCGAGGAAGCCUGCGCUUGGAUCAUAUUGAAGCCAGGGUGCAGCGCGACCGAAGAAGACAUAAAAAGUUUCUGCAAAGGAAAAUUGAGUCAUUUCAAGAUUCCAAGGUACAUCUUUUUCGUCGACACAUUCCCGAAGACGCUGUCCGGAAAAGUGCAAAAGUUCGCCAUACGAGAGAAAACCUGCCAGAUGCUCAACUUAUGAUCCACAUCGCCUAGGUCUCAUAGCAUUUUUUUUAUAUUGUACAGUUUUUUAUUAGGAUUUCACCCGUGUAUUUUU